GUUGAUUUGUGAUUGGGUAAAAAUUACGUCUUCUCUUCUGUCGUAAGUCGUACACAAAGAGUGAAGUGGAUUAUAAUACUCAGGAAAUUGUACUACGUUUUUAUUUGUUAAUCCAUCAGCAAGAUGGGAUUCUUUAAAGUUUUUGGUUUUAUUGUGAUCUAUUUGACCUGCACGCUAUCUUUCAAUAAUGCUGAUCCGUGUGAGAUGCGGGGACCGUGUGUGUGUGUUUUUUCAAAUGGCACCGGAAUCGACCUUACUCCUGCAAUUUCCACUGAAUUUUACACAGCGAGUACGUAUGAGGUCAAGAUGAAUGGUUCGCAAUACGAAAUGAGUACCUAUUACUAUCAUCCGUGCUACGACGUUAAUUUGAACGUGAGCCAGUCGAUUCCCAAAAACACUUGUACUUUACCUUUGUCGAUUUGUCGUCAUGUAAGCACCAUGAAUUUGGCGAAUUCAACUACUCAAACAUUUACAUUCGAUCAAGGCUCCUAUGAUUUCAUGGGUAGAACAAAUAUAUCAAACUUCUCUGAUCAAGGCAACUCUAUCAAUUAUCCUAAUGGGCCAUCUGAAACAAUAGUGCUAUUGGAGUGUGCUGAGACAGAGAACAAACUUCAAGUGUAUUCAUUAUCAGAACCUGAUAAAAUUGUGUUAGCGUUUUAUUCAAAAGAUGCAUGCUUGAAGCAAAUAGAGGUGAACGGAAGAUCUUUCGGCUCAACCCUGCUGAUUAUAUUCUUCUCUUUUGUGGUAUUCUACCUCGUCCUUGGAAUCUGCACGAAGAAAUUCUUGAUGGGAGCGACUGGUGUUGAAGUUAUACCCAACCUUGCAUUCUGGUCGGAUUUGCCAAACCUUGUUAAAGAUGGCUGGCGGUUUAUGUGCAAUGGUUUCAAGCUGCCCCCGCGAGGCGCCGGCCCCGCGGUGUCCCCCGACCCCAACAGCUAUGACAGCAUAUAACAUCAGGGUGACGAAGACCUCUCCGAAGGUCAUCUUGUCCUUGUGGAAUAGACAAUCUGACUGUGUUCUUAAUUUCUCAACAUUUUUUUUUUCUUUUAAUUCGUGCUGUCGUUACAUUUGCGUGUGUGUAGAAUAAGAUAUUAGAAUUUUAUAUUUUUAAUUUACAAAGAAACUCACGAUUGUUUACUUUAUAAUGAUGAUAUUAGAACUUUUUUGUUGACUUUAAUAUUUUUUUAAAUGCAUUCUAGAUGUGUCGUUAAUUAUAUUGAACGCAAAUGUAAUCAUAGCUAGUUUGAUAGUGAUUGAGAUUUGGUUUUAAAUUUCAAGUCAUAAAUACGGUCAAGAGACACCUAAGAACAUUAACUAUGAAGUGGUAAGUUUAAAACGUAAAAAUAAUUCUCGAAUAUUUUGUGUAAUAAAAUAAUCUCGAUAUAAUAUCAUCUUCUUAUCCAAUUACAAUAACCAAAUUAUUCUCAUUAUUUUUUCAAUUUAUCUUGAAUAGUAGUAAUGUCAAAAUUGACAUAUGCACAGAUUCAUUAUUUAUAAAUCAGGUAGCUAUUUGUAAUCUGCAAUCGGCAUUAGGAACGCUGGCCUAUUUAUUGUGAUGAAUAUGUGUAAUUAUAAAAAUAUUAUACCUCUAUUUAUUGAUAUAUUAUAUAUAAUUGUAAACUUAUAUUAUAGAGAUAUAGUAUACUAUAACUUGCCAUUAUUUUUAUAAUGUAGAGAUACUUAUUCUUCGACACGCUACUAAUAAGUUGUUAAUUUAUUUGAUUUAAUUUUUAUUUUAUUUAUUUAUUAUUGCCUCAAGGUAAUCUAAAUUGUGCAAUCUUCCGUAUUACUUAUAUUCUGUUGAUGGUUAAAUAUUUCAAUUGUGCCAAUUUAAUUUGAUUCUUCGAAUAAAUUAUGCAUAAGAACAUAAAUAUUAUAAAAUAAUGAAUAUACCUAUAUUAUACUAAAGUAUAUAAUAAAGUAGCUUAAAAUAUAACUGCUAAUGUAUGUAUUAAACAAUAUAUAUCGCUGCAUGGCGUAUUAUCGAAAUUUAGCUUUUUUGUACCACUUUAUCAUAAUGUAACUAAUAUUUUUGAAGAUUAGCUACUUAUAAGAAGUUAUAUCUGUGUAAAUCUUUAAUAUGUCCAUGCAGUAUAUUUUCCUAUGUAUUUAAUGCAAAAGCAUAUCUAAGUAAUGUAAACAUUUCGAUACUGAUUUAUUGAAUCUCCAAAUCUUUGGACCAAAUAUGAUAUUUUCUUACUUCACUUAACCUUUUGAAUAUUUUUCUUGACUAUGUUAUAUUCGAAUAUAUGUAGUUAACUAUGUAUUAUAUAUAUCGUGUGUAUUGCCAUUAGAUAUAUGAAGGCAAUUCAUACAUAAUGAAAUCUUAAGAUAUGUUGUACUAUACAGAAUCCAAAUAUAACUUAUUGUGAGCUUAAAUAACGGUAUAUCACAAUUUUAAACAGUUUGCACAAAUACAUCACUAUACCAUACAAAUGUAAUCGAUAGUUUUGUCCAUUCUGUAUGUAAUCAUUCGAAUAAAUUGUAUGAGAGUGUGUGUAACUGCAUAUGCAUAAUACAUAUAAUAAUAAUAUCGUAAGCACUAGUCAUUGUUAGGUUCACUAUAACGCACUGUAUAUCACGUGGCUUAUUAAGUUUUUACACUGUCACCAAAAUAAAUGCAUGCUGUAUAACACUUUUAUAUUCAGGGUGUGACGGAAAUCUUAAACUAUUAUCAACAGAAAACAGCUAGUGUUAAACAGUUACGCACAGUUUGAGCUCAAUAUAAAGUAACUUACUUUAAAUACCAGAUUUACGGUUUCUUAACGUGAAUAGUUCAUCGAUCAGCAAUUUUAGUGCUAAUGAUAUGCUUAUUACAUCUAAGACUGCCUCGUUGGCCGAGUGGUCGUAAGUGUGACUGUCGGGCAAGAGGUCUCGGGAUCGAUUCCCGGGUCGUGUAAAGUACUGCUGGGUAUUUUCGGUUCUUCGAAAAUUCCUCAGUAGUAGCACGGAGUCUGGAAAUGUGCCCGGUAUAUGGCAAUAGGCUCGCCGCCCUAUUACAUGUGACUUACAACAUAAAUUGUGAAAAGUGCUAUAAUAUGAUCUUCUGUCUACCCCUUCGGGGAUAAAAGGCGUGACGAUAUACAGAGAUCAAUAAAAAAAAAGAAACCGUGCUCUUCGUUUCUAGUUUCUUGUUCUUAGUUUCCGUUAUACCUUGAAUACAAUAUAAAAGUAGUUUAUUAUACUAUAAAAAAGUUAGUGUGAUAAUACAUAAUUUUACAUUUAGUUGCUAUUCUAAACGAUUGUUUGCGGAAUAUUAUGAAGGACGGGAUCGAAUUGAAUCGACGAAUUGGCUCUACUCACGCUAUGCGAAAAUGUGUCUUAGUAAAAGUUUUUAUGUAUAUUUUGAAUCUAAAUUGUAUAUUAGUUAAAACAUGCAAUGACUGUAAACUUGUAAUGAAAUGGAAUUAAAUUCAUGUCUCGAAUAUUUCUUUUUAUAUUACGAACUUGUAAGAAUUGUGUCGAAUGGAUUUAUCAAUUCAUAAAAAAUAAACUUGAAAAAUGUUGCUCUUUUAGUUUGUUUGCGAAAGAUGAAAGAGGAAUAAAACUGUAGGUUAAUCGAAAAGGCUCGAGUGUCGAAACAAUGAAGAUUGAUAUUAUAAUAAAACUUUGUAAUUUGAAAUUUUGUGACACUAAAAAAUGAACUUUAUCGCUUUGUAAUAAAGGUGCAGUCUGUAAAACUGUUACCAUAGACGUGACUGUGCGUGUUUCAUUUAAGGUUUAUUAGAUAAUAUGUAUUUCUUUUAAUGUUCGCAUUAUAAUUUAAUUCCAUGGUAUCUAUAGAGUAGCAGGGAUUUAUAUUUCAGCAAGAACCACAAAUAUUAUGAUAUUUAUGUUAGCUGAUUAGAGUUUAUGUGAAAAGCGUUUGUCAAACAAAGUAAUGGGAAGAUAGUCAAAGAAAGAUUCUAAACAAAAAUAAAAUGUAUUGACAUAAUAUAUACCAUGUAUGAUAUCAGCUUCUAGACAAUUUAUUUCGAUUUUAUGCUUACUAGUUGGCGCUAGUGAGGCGAAAGAUCCUUAUAGUUUAAGCGCGCAUAACAACUUUUUAUCGCGCGAUAAAAUUGACGCAAAAUUGCAUCAUGUGGAUUUAAGUAAUUAUUAAUCGCGCGACGUUUUGUAGUGCGACAAUUAAUCGCAGCUAUGCCUCAGCUAUUAGCAAAUAUUGUAUUUGUUUAGUAAACUUUAACCUAUACUAGCGCCAUCUGGUAAUGAAAAACUUAUUAUAGUAGAGCAGUGUGAUAUCAAUCUAUAUAUCAUUAUACACGUCAUAAUAACCUAAGAACUGCGUAAUACGUAUACAUAAUAAUAUAGUAGAUAUUUUGUAUUCAAUAUUUUAGGGCCCCUGUUGUUUGAAGUGUUUUCUAAGGUUAAUAAAUAAAUAAAAUUAUUAUUAUUGCUCA